UUUGCAUAUUUGUGUUUGUUUUGCAAACCAGAAGGUCCUCGAGAAUCGAGGAAAUUAUGCACAAUUCGGUUUUCUUUUCGUAUACGAAGAAAAAUUGCGUGAACAACUAAAGAAAAUGUGGAGAUUUAUAUUCCUUUUCCUCUUCCUUCGUGAGGCCGAAAAGGUUUAUUCUGCGGCUGAAAACCGAACCACAACGAUCGUCACGGAGAGCACUGUAAUAUCAAACACGACAGCAAGUGCUUCAGCUAGCGCAGAUGUCCCACCCAGUGCUUCGUCGGAAAGUACAGCUGUUUCUGGAACAGUGACACUGGAAAUGAGCACAUCCAUAUUUGGCAAUAUAUCUGGAAAUAAUAUUCAACCGUCGGCAACCGCUGACUCGCAGCAAACUUCGCAGACUGUAAAUGCACCUGCAACAGCUGCCCCCAAGCUGGGCUGUAUGAAUGUCAACUGGAAUAACCCCGUAUGUCAGGAUCCAAAGUGCGUAAAGGAUCAGAUGAUGGCCGUUUCUAACUGUAUGAAGGACAAGCCAGAAAAUUUUUCUUUUCCAAACAUGGACGUCCCAGAACAUGUCAUGGACCUGGGAAUGUCCCUCGCAAAGACAAUAAAGGCUAAUGAUGUAAACAAGACUGAAGUAAUCAUCACGGAUAAUAUGGCUAUGGAGGUCGGUCUUUUUAACUGUGGAGAAAAGAAAAACAGCACCGAGAAACCUGCACUCAUAUUUCCCAGCUACUCUCACCCAGAAUUCACUGACAAGUGGAAGGCUAUGGGUGAUUCGGUUGCUUUCCCAUUGGAAGAGCUUCCUCUAUCCGGGGAUGUCAUGUAUUCUGUCGCCAUUUUACCAGAUGUCAUGGGAGGAUCAUAUCUGGAUAAAGACAUGAUGGCUUGGCAGGACAACCAUAUUCCAGGUUCAGCUAUGUCUGAACUGUACGUGAUUGGUGACAAACUCAUGACCCGAAAGAAAGUUCCAAAGAGACGAAUCAACAGCAACUUGCUGUCCGCGAAAUUUCUUCAUAAAGACAAAAGUAGAAUGCUGCGUGGACCAAUGACAAAACCAGUCUUGAUCACGCUGCAACAUCUUCAUAUCACUGAAGAUCAUUUUGAUCCAAAAUGCGUUUACUGGAAUAGAAGUCUCAAAGCGUGGUCCAAUGAUGGUUGUAAAGUUGGAAAAACCAGCAAAUCAGAAACCGUCUGUGAAUGCACGCAUUUUUCAACAUUCGCGCUGGUAAUGAGUGUAAAUGAGAAGGUGGAUGACGCGGAUCGCAAAAUGGUCGUUACUGUGGCUACUGUAUUAGGAUCAUUCUCCUUGCUUGCUUUGCUGAUCUGCGCUAUUGUCGCCAUUGUUAUCAACUAUCAUCAGAGGGACAACAUGCGCAUUGCUCUUAACAUUGACGUGUCUCUUUUGCUCAGUCAGCUGGUUUUCUUCAUUGGUUUAUCUACCGGCCAUAACUCGUAUUUCGCCAAUCCCAAAACAUGUGACGUGGUCAAUCCUUUCGUGCACUUUUUUGAGCUGGCAGCUCUGUCUUGGUUACUGAUGGAAGCAAUGUACUACUACUCCACACUCAAGCCGCUGUUCAACGAGAAAAACACUGUACCCAUCGUGUUUUAUUUCGCUGUGGGAUGGGGAGUACCUGUAGCCUUUGCAAGCGCAUGCGCAGACUUCGCCUACCCUCACUUUGGUGUGCCAGGGAGGAGUGAGUUUUGUUGGAUGUCUAUUCGCGGAGGUGAGGCGUGGUUUUUUGGAACACAAGUGUUGAUUCUUCUAGUGUUGAAUCUUGCCGCCCGUGCGUUUAUCGCGAAGGAGAUCGCUUACUGGGAAGAUGAUCCGGAUGACAUCAGAAUCGAACAAGCCAGGGGUCGGAUGAUGACGUCAUUAGUGUUAAUGAUGGUGAUUGUGAUGACGUGGCUUUUUGGUAUCUUGGCUAUGAACAACACGGACAAGAAGAUCUUCCAUUACGUCUUCAUUGUUUUCUACACAUUCCAGGGCUUACUGGUUCUACUUUUUUACUGUGUCCGCAACCAGGAAAUGUGGGACUUCCACAAGGGCAAAAAGGACGAAGAAGAGAGAGAAAAGAAAAAAACUUACGACUUUGUGUACCAUCCAUAAGAGCAAAGAGUGAACUGUCAACACUAGUUGAUUUUGUAAAAACAACUUUUGAUAGUUGACUGCACCGGCUUUGAUUUGUUUCACUAGUUUUUUUUAGUUAACGAACUAAAAAGGACUUACAAAGCAACUGCCUUUUUUCAUUGUAGAUACCGUAAAAAUAGUUCAAGUUCUCAUGACGAUGUAGGAGAAGUUAAGCAAAACAUGUACGGUAAACGGCAAAAAAUUGACCUUCUUGGAUUUGGCUGUUUGUGUACUAAAACAAAAUCAUUUGCAUUAACCGUGAGCAAGACAUUGUUUAUAUUUCCCUGUUGGAUUGAUUGGGGAAUUAAUGGUGAGUGAGCAAUUUCAGAGGUCAUUCUUACCGUUCACCAUUUUCGUAAACGCAACGCUUAAAAUUGCUUGUCCUAUUCACACUUUCACAUAUGUAGUAUAUCUUGAUUUUUAAUAGAUGACUUACCCUAUAGACGAGUAUGAGUUUUCAGAUGAGAAAUUUACAGAGAUGUAGCCUGAAUUCGCAGUUCAAGAUCCAUCAAUGUAUCAAUUCUAGUGCAAUCUGACAAUUAGCAUUACUCUUCUCGUUUCUAUGUAAUUUUACACAAGGUCCCUUUCAGGACGAAAGAUGUCAAUAAACACCGAAUAACAAUC